UUUACUUCAUUUGUUACUGUAACCUAAUAAAAUGUAUGCAUGAUAACUGUAAUAAUCAUAUGCAGUCCAUUUCUUUUCUUACACAAACUAAUUUGGAUGGCAAUGUCACAUUGUUUCAUCACUCUACUGAUUCUCCUCCUGCUUAUCAAUGCUAGCAGCAGUCAUGAUCAUGAUGAGUGCAGAGAAUCAUCCUUCCAACUCUUUGAUGAAUCAUCCCAACAUAAAUGUCUUCAUCCUCAGUAUUGUCUAUACUGUACUCAAAACAAGAAAACCAUAAUCUCACUCCCUACAACUUCAGGUCCAAUUCAAUUCUCCGUCGAUGAAAUUGAUUAUGAAUCAAACCAGAUUUCAGUUUCGGACCCGGAAAGUUGUCUUCCUACGAAGUUACUCAUACUGAAACUUAACAGUUCACCAUUUCUGCCUUACCGAUUUGUUUUAGAUUCAGAAACAAAACUUUCUUUCUUCAACUGCUCUUCAGUUAAGAAACAUCACCUGAGAAACCAAGAUCAGACAUCCCAAGAGUCGCAAGAUAUGAAUACAUGCAAAAUUUACGCUGCUAUAUCCGUUGACAGUAUCCUCAAAUUGGACCUUGUAUCAUGUACUAAGAUGUUUGACGUCAGUGCCGCUAUCAGUAUAACGGGACUUACAUAUAAUCAACUCGGUUUGAGUUGGCCUAAACCAAAUUGUGCAGCCUGUGAAGCAGAAGGGAAGAAUUGUAGAUGGAGCAGCAACGGCGUAAAAGGUGAAGUUGAAUGUUUUGAGUGCAACAAAAAACUAAAGACGAAUCAAAUUCCAAAAUCGGUUAUUUAUGCUAGUGCAGGUUCAAUUAUAUUGGGUUUAAUCACCGUUGUAUUUAUUAAGAUUUAUUUGUAUUUUAGAGAGAAAGAAGAAGAUCAAGUUAGAAUUGAUAAGUUUUUAGAAGAUUAUAGAGCACAAAAGCCUGCUAGAUUUUCAUAUUCCGAUAUAAAAAGAAUCACAGGCGGAUUUAAGGAGAAGAUAGGAGAAGGAGCUCACGGAGUUGUGUUUAAAGGAAAACUCUCUAGUGAGAUUCUGGUGGCUGUGAAAAUUCUCAAUAAUUCACCAGGAGAAGGAAAAGAGUUCAUCACUGAAAUGGAAAUUAUGGGAAAAAUCCACCACAUCAACGUAGUUCGUUUGCUUGGCUUCUGCGCAGAUGGAAUUCACCGCGCUCUUGUGUACAAUUUUUUUCCAAAAGGCUCGUUACAAAGUUUCAUAUUUUCACCUGAAGAAAAGGACCAUUUCUUGGGGUGGGAAAAGGUGCAACAAAUUAGUCUUGGUAUAGCAAAAGGAGUUGAAUAUCUUCACGAGGGUUGUAACCAUCCAAUUCUUCACUUUGACAUCAACCCUCACAAUGUUUUGUUAGAUGACACUUUCACUCCAAAAAUUUCAGAUUUCGGUCUUGCCAAAUUAUGUUCCAAGAAUAUUAGUAUGGUGUCCAUGACAGCUGCUAGGGGAACUUUGGGAUACAUGGCGCCCGAAGUUUUGUCCCGAAAUUUUGGGAAUGUUUCUCUUAAGUCUGAUAUUUAUAGUUAUGGGAUGUUGUUGCUUGAAAUGGUUGGUGGAAGAAAGAAUGUGGACUCAUCAUCUGCACAAACUUUCCAUGUAUUAUAUCCGGAUUGGAUCCAUAACUUAUUAGAAGGAGACAUACAUAUACGUAUUGAAGAUGAAAGUGAUGUUGAAAUUGCAAAGAAACUCGCAAUUGUUGGACUUUGGUGCAUCCAGUGGCAGCCAAUGAACCGUCCAUCCAUAAAAACUGUCAUACAAAUGUUGGAAACAAGAGAUUACAGUCAGUUAAUUUGUCCUCCAAACUUGUUUCAUUCAACCACUUGUAUUACCACUGGUGAAAGCAGCUUAGCCAGACAAACUUUCCAAAUGGAAAUGAUUCAGGAAUAAUCAUUUGACUUAUUCCUUUAUUAUUGAUAAAAUUAAACAUUUCAAUUUGCAAAAACUUAGCAUUUGUAUUUUUUAGACCAGUAUGUUUCAGGUGUGGUUUUGUAAAUAUUUUAGUUUUUAUAAGGAAAUAUU